AUGUCCAUGAACGGAUGUGAGACUGACCAUAAAGCGCCACUUGGCACGGUGGAAACAAGGACUCUAUCGACGGUUACAUCUCCGGCGGCUGCGACGGAGAGGCUGAUAACCGCCGUCUCUGAUCUUAAAUCCCAACCGCCUCCGUUCUCCUCCGGCAUUGUCCGGUUACAGGUGCCAAUAGACCAGAAAAUCGGAACGAUCGAUUGGCUUCAUGCUCAAAACGAUGUUCUUGCUCGCAUUUUCUUCUCACGUCGCAGUGAGACUAGUCGUCAAGAUCUUCUUCAAGACUUUGCGAGUGAAAACAAUGGAUCAUCUCAUGAUCGUAAUCCUCUCAGUGUUGCUGGAAUCGGUUCUGCUGUAUUUUUCCGUGAUCUCGAUCCCUUCUCUCAUGAUGACUGGAGAUCAAUCAGAAGGUUUCUAUCUUCAAAGUCUCCUCUGAUUCGCGCUUAUGGCGGACUUCGAUUUGAUCUUAAAGGAAAGAUCGCUGUGGAAUGGGAACAUUUUGGCUCGUUUUACUUUACAGUGCCUCAGGUCGAGUUCGAUGAGUUUGAGGGAAACUCAAUGCUGGCUGCAACUGUUGCUUGGGACGAUGAGCUUUCAUGGACUUUGGAAAAUGCUAUUGAAGCACUUCAGGAGACUAUGCUUCAGGUUUCUUCUGUUAUAUUGAGAUUACGGAGAGAAUCUCUAGGAGUUAAUGUUGUUAGCAAGAACCAUGUUCCUAGUGAAGGAGCCUAUUACCCUGCUGUAAAUAAUGCUCUGGAGAUUAUAAAGGAAAAAAAUUCACCCUUAAGCAAGGUUGUGCUUGCACGCCGCAGCAGAAUCAUUACGGAAACCGAUAUUGAUCCUAUCGCUUGGUUAGCACGGUUGCAGUGUGAAGGACAAGACGCGUACCAAUUCUGUCUUCAACCACCAGGUGCACCAGCAUUUAUAGGGAACACGCCUGAGAGACUCUUCCAUAGAAAACAUCUAGGUGUAUGCAGUGAGGCUUUGGCUGCAACUAGGCCUAGAGGCGAUUCAGGAGUUAGUGAUAUGGAGAUAGAGCGUGACUUACUAACCAGUCCCAAAGAUGAUCUUGAAUUCUCUAUUGUGAGAGAGAAUAUAAGAGAAAAACUAAAGGCCAUUUGUGACAGAGUAAUUGUUAAACCUCAGAAAUCAGUGAGAAAGCUUGCAAGAAUACAACAUCUAUACUCUCAGUUGGCAGGACAGCUAAGAAGAGAAGAUGACGAGUUUGACAUCUUAAGUGCUUUGCAUCCAACGCCAGCUGUUUGUGGAUGCCCAGUAGAGGAAGCAAGGCUUUUGAUUAAGCAGAUUGAGUCAUUUGAUAGAGGAAUGUAUGCUGGACCUGUUGGGUUUUUUGGUGGUGGAGAGAGUGAAUUUUCUGUUGGCAUACGAUCUGCUUUAGUCGAAAAAGGUCUUGGAGCAUUGAUCUAUGCAGGAACAGGAAUAGUUUCAGGAAGCAAUCCAUCCUCGGAAUGGAACGAGCUUGAGCUUAAGAUCUCUCAGUUCACGAAGUCACUUGAACAUGAGCCAGCUUUGCAACCAAGUAGCUAA